AUGCUGAUCACACAGCAUAUUGCACAGGUGUGCCAGAAAAUAGCCGCAGAGUCCCAGCUGCGGUUUGGCCAGUCUGUCAAAGGGUUACUGUCCAAUAAAGUGGGCUCCUGCACCUGGGACGUGAUAGCACUGACUCGCCAGGUGCUGAAGGGAUCCCGCAGUCAGGACCUUCUGGUUCAAGCAGCAAGAAACAUGGUGAUGCAGGAGGAUGCCAUCCUGCACUCUGAGGAUCAUCUACAAUACCAGCAGGAGGCCAUCCAGAAGAAUGUGGAGCACUCCAAAAACCUGCAGGACAAGCUGAGACACUUGCUGAAGUGA